AUGAGGCUUGUGUUUGGACCCCGCUGCGAGCUGUCCGUAUACAUCUUCAAGCAUACUUACUCCUGCCAAACAGCCACACCCAUCAUGUCAGCUGUCUUACUCUUCUGCACAUCCGUACCCCCCGAACAAGAAACCCGAGAACCGAAUUCCCCGUUCAAUAUUUUGAUACUGGCUUCGAAAGCACGAGCAACGCCGAAUUACGCGGCUUCCUCUCCAAACGACUUUCAUGACAUAAAGUCGAACGGACGACAAGUAUUUCGGAAUCGUGGAUUGCCGUGCUGGAUGAAAAGUCCUUCCAAGCAGUCGGCGGUAGUCCUACACUGCAGCUAUGAAAGAGAGUUCUGGGGUGACGAUCCUAUCCCUGGCCAGGCAGAAGUUUCGGAGGAUAUGAUCUGGUGGAAGUGGCGUGUAUCGCUCAACUACGCCUGCACGUUUUGGAAUAGUGUUGAAGGUGUGGAAGAUACUUUCAUUGGAGUGUACUCGCGACCUGAGUGCCUAGAUCCCGAUGGUGUUAUUCAGCCUGAAGUUCCGGAAAAUGUUAUGCCUGGAGAAACUGAAGAUCCAAAUAAGGAGUAG